CGACAAACAAAUGAACAUCAUAAUCUUAAAUGCCAUUACAAUGCCAUGCCCAAAAUACACUUCUUGAACUCAAACCAAAACCAGGUUUUCUUCUACCACCAUUCUUGCUGAAAAAAUGGCAACUGUCAUGACCCAGGCUUCGGCCUCUGUCUUCCGGCCAUGCACUUUGAGAUCGAGGUUUCUUUCGCGGACUUCGGGAAAGUUUAACAGAGGUUUGUCUGUUAAGCCAACAACUUCUUCAGUUCCUAAUUCUUUCAAAGUUGAGGCCAAGAAAGGAGAGUGGUUGCCAGGUUUGCCAUCGCCAGCUUACCUUGAUGGAAGUCUGCCAGGUGACAAUGGUUUUGAUCCUCUGGGACUUGCAGAGGAUCCUGAAAACUUGAGGUGGUAUGUGCAAGCCGAGCUCGUGAAUGGCCGAUGGGCGAUGCUCGGAGUUGCAGGUAUGCUAUUGCCUGAAGUCUUCACAAGUUUCGGAAUCAUCAACGUACCGAAAUGGUACGAUGCAGGGAAAGCUGAGUAUUUCGCAUCAUCAUCGACUCUCUUUGUGAUUGAGUUCAUUCUGUUCCAUUAUGUGGAAAUCAGAAGAUGGCAAGAUAUAAAGAACCCGGGAAGUGUAAACCAAGAUCCAAUUUUCAAGCAAUACAGCUUGCCACCAAAUGAUGUUGGAUACCCAGGGGGAAUUUUCAACCCACUCAACUUUGAACCAACUCUCGAGGCCAAGGAAAAGGAGAUUGCUAAUGGUAGACUGGCAAUGUUGGCAUUCUUGGGAUUCAUUGUUCAACACAAUGUGACUGGAAAAGGUCCAUUUGACAACUUCUUGCAGCACAUUUCAGACCCAUGGCACAACACUAUAGUUCAAACACUAAGGGGAUAGGACAAUAAAAUAUGUGCAAUAUUGUGUGAUCUGUGUGAUUGUAGACAUGGGAACUAUCAUUGUACAGGAUGGUAGCAGUUAUAUAAAUGUAGUAUAAAAGUAUGCAACUUGGUUUAACUGAGAAAGAAAGAUUGUAAUCAUGCCGACUUCUUUAAUUUUCUCGAAAUAUGAUAUAAGAAGUAUGAAA